CUGUCCAUCACAGGGCAGUGUUUCCUGCCGUCGCGGCUGUGAUUGUCUCAGUUCCAGUAAUUCGUUGUCUCCGGUUCGCGCCUUCUCUUUCUUUCCCUUUCUGUCUAUUCUUUAUGCUGGUUAUUUAAAUAUAUUGUCCAAUGCAGGCUUUGAGGAGACAAUGACACAAGACUUAGAGAAGGUCAACAUGUUGGGAAAAGGCACAAAGCGUAAAUUUCCUGAGGAACAAGUUGUAGAUGCCUGCCCUGAGUAUGUUGGUAGCAGUCUGAGUUUACCAUAUAACUUGCAACGUCAGUCACUUCUAAACAUCUCAUUGUUCAAACUUCAGCUCUGCAAGAUGGUGGUGGAACCAAAUCUUUGUCGUUCAGUGCUUAUAGCCAACACCGUGCGACAGAUUCAGGAGGAAAUGAUACAAGACUGCAGUUGGCAGGGACAAACGGCUUUCACAGGAAGUGAUCUAUACAUAGGCCAUACUUCUUCAGAUAGUCUAAUUGCCACAGAAUUUUUAUGUAGCCCAAACAAAGAGCUACAUGUAGAAAGUACCACCGCUCCCACUCGCAAUACCGACACACUUACUAAAAGCAAGGUAAACUGUUCAUCUUGUGAAAAUAUUACUUGUUCUUCAGCUACUGCUUCUGCUAAAGACACCAGUGCUGUAAAAGAUUUGGUCCAUGCACAUUUUGAAAAUGAUCUGAAUAUGCUGGAAUCUGAGGAGCAGCAAGUGGAUCUGAAGGAGUGUCCAAAGCCCUUGGAUCAAGUAUUCGGGAGUUUUGAGAUUGGAAAUUACUCCAGUUCUCUCACAGAUAUGACAAUAGAUGACCUAUUUGCUGAUAUUGACACUUCUUGGCACGACCUUGACUCGGUGAUGUCUGGGCUGAUGACUGGUCCAAAAACGACACCAGUCAUAUUUGAAUUACUAAAUGGUUUACCAUCUCACACACCGACACCUAUAAAUUCUCCCCAAAACUGCAAAACAGACUUAAAUGAACUUGAUCACAUCAUGGAGAUUAUUGUUGGGUCCUAAAUUUAAGUUUUCUCUGUUCUCUUGGUAGAUAAUUGUAAAAUACAUAGCUACCUGGUUCUAUUUUCAAUUAUAUCUUUUCUGUAAGGUUUACUGUCUUGUCUUCAAAAUACUGUAAUUACUAAUGUUCAGAUAAUGCCUUUUGCAGGCAACACUUUCAUUGCGUUUGUUGUUCUACUUGUGGUUAAAACUAAAAUGGUACAUAUUUUCAUACAUUCUGAAUAUAUAUUUUAAUACAGAUUAGAUUUUUACAGUUUCAAGUCUCCUGUUAAAUUUUUAUUUGAACAGGUAGUUUUGAAAUACUGUUCUAUAUCAAAGUAUAAUUCAAAGAAACAUUAUAAAAUGUCUUCCUUAGCAGUGCCAAGUAGAGAUUACCUGCUGUGCUGUCUAAAUGGACCAGUCAAAUUUCAGAAUUGCCGAAUAAAUGGAAUCCUUUCAUCUCCAUGGCAAAUCCCAAAAAGUUAUUUAAAAGGGGAUUUUCAGUGUACUUGCAUUAUUGUCUUACAAGCGCAGUGUUCCUAGUUAUAAUCUUUAAUCAUUGGAUGAAACUUUUAUAUGUGCUAUAAUGGUAUUGAAUUGUUUCCUUGCUAGAUUCUCUGUGGACUUGACAUGAAAAUGUUCCACUUUGUUCUGUGUAAUCACAACAGUACUGUGAAUCUGGGCACAGAAGACAACGCUCGCUAAGGAUUGAAAAUGUAAAGAUUUAUUAUUAAUUUUAAAUUGCAGCAUUUAUAACUUACACUUCAAGGUGCCUAUUUUGUUUCAAAUUAAGCCACUUGUUACAUUUUUUAUUAAAAAAAAGCCAUAUUUUCUGAUGGUUGGAUAGUUAGCACAAGCUGAAUUCUAAUUGGGAUAGAUGAUCUAAGUUAUUACCAGUGUUAUUUAUUUAUUUAAAUGAAUGUCAUACAAUUGUGAAGUUUUGGGUUGCAGUAUGCACCUAAUUGUAAUUAUGAAUCCUGAUUUGGAUCGCAGUUUUUAAACUUCUUGGGAGCUAUUAAGGGGUCAGAAUUCUUUUCAAGCAGUAUUACAUAGAAUUUAUAUCUUUAGUUAAAAGCUUUAGAAAAAAAUACAGUAUAUUAAUAGCAGUAACUAUUGACUUAAGUCUCAGAAAAAGAAAUUGCAUUUAGGUUAUAUUAAAUGUUAAAACUAAUCUAUUUUAUAUUAUUCAUUAACAAAGCACAUUUUAUUCAUGUUUAAGCAAUAACAUAAAGCCUGAACCAUUAACAUGUACUUUAGAUAUUUGUAAUUGUAUGCUAAGUGUUUUUGUACUGAGAAAUGGAUUUGUUCAAUAAAAAUAUACACGU